UUUGAUACUGUUCUUAUAUUCUAAGCCUAAAUGGAAUUGGAAUGAAUCCAAUUCAAUGUAUACAGUUUCAUUGAAAGCCAUUUAGUUUACAACCGUCUUCAGGCCCCGUCCAAACGUCAAACAACCGCGCGUCACAUUUGAGUGAUUGAAUUUGAAUUUUUAAAUAACAAUAGCUUUAUCAGCUCUCGAAGAGUACUUUUAAGUAAACAAUUCAUAUUUUGUGACUGUAAGUAACACAAAUCGUGUACAUCCCGUAGUUCGAAUGACUUGAAGAUGACCCUUCGCAAAUUGUGCCUGGUCACAAAUAUCACUUUCUUGGCUCUCCAUCUAGGUUUUUGUUUCAAGGCGAGUACUUGGAAUGGCUACAUCUUGCGAGGGAAACCUUACUCUGUCUUGAAUACGGACUGGUUUGGCUGUUUGGAAGUAUGUGAAAACGAUGUUUUCUGUGAAUCGUACAAUUAUUAUCACAAAACAGGCGCGUGCGAGCUUCACUCAUUGGGACAAGACCCGUGUCAGCUUCAAGAUUCGCUGAUAGUAUGUGAAGGAGGAAUUUCCCAGCAUAUUCGUCAAAAGGACACCAAAGAAACUCCAGGCAAAAAAGAAGCCCAAUCAUGUAAAGACCUACAGAGCCAGCAACGGGAUAGCGGUAUCUAUAAAAUCGCGCCACAGAACAGUGACCCGUUUCCAGUCUACUGUGAGCAGAAGGGUGCGGGAGGGGGGUGGCUGGUAAUUCAGCGGAGAAUCAACGGUUCGUUGGAUUUCAACCGAACAUGGUUGGAAUAUCGCCAAGGUUUCGGCGACCCUUCGGGUGAACUCUGGCUCGGCCUGGACCACAUUCACGUGCUUACUGCAACACAUAAAAAUACUCUUAGAGUUGAGCUUGAAGACUUUAACGGGACGACGGCUUAUGCGGAAUACGAGUCUUUUUAUAUCGGUCCUGCUUCCGAUGGCUACAGACUGAAUAUCGGGCAGUAUUCCAAAGGCCAUGCAGGGGAUUCCAUGUCAUUUCAUCAGAACAUGACGUUUUCGACAAUAGACCAUGAUUCAGACGCCAUGGAAGACGAGAGUUGCGCCCAGAUGUUCACUGGCGCAUGGUGGUACAACAACUGCCACGAGGCCAACCUGAACGGCAGGUACAGACAUGGACCGCAUAAGACUUUUGCAGACGGCAUAAACUGGAAGACGUUUAGGGGCUACUACUACUCGCUUAAAUCCGUGCGCAUGAUGAUUAGACCAAAGUGACUGCGUUACGUGAUCUGCGUGAUGUCCUGCGUGACGUUAACUGCCUGACGUGAACUGUGUAAUAUGGACUGCGUUACGUUAUCUGCGUGACGAGAACUGUCUAACGUGAUUUGCGUAACAUGAACUGCGAUAAGUGAUCUACAUGGCGUGUCCUGUGUAACAUGAUUAACGUAACGCGAUCUUUGAAGGC